CUAACUGUCAUCAUAUUUUAAUACCAACCUAAUAAAUAUAAAUAAAUAUUAUGUGUGCAUAUAUAAAUAGUGCUUACCUUCAACCUGAAAUAAUUAUGAUUAAAAAAGAGGAUUCGGAAUCUUUUGAUGCAAAUCGAUUUCAACAACUUCGAAAUAGUAUUGAAACUUAUAAUCAUACACCGCCCACUCCUCCCGAACCAACACCGCCUAAGCAAAAUUUACCAGUGUUGAAGUUAUUUCAUUGUAGUACAUGCAGUAAAAGUUUUGCAACGAAUGAAGGUUUAAAACAGCAUCAAAGAAUUCAUACAAAUGAAAAACUAUUUGAAUGUAAUAUUUGCCAAAAAUCAUUUUCAGUAUCCGCAAAUUUAAAACAUCAUGAACGUAUUCAUACGGGAGAACGUCCCUAUAAAUGUAAUGUCUGUGAAAAAAGUUUUUCCCAGAUGAACUAUUUAAAAACUCAUGAACGGAUCCACACUGGUGAUAAACCAUUCGCUUGUAACGAAUGUGGAAAAUCAUUUUUAAAUGCAACAAAUUUAAAACAUCAUAUUCGUGUCCAUACCGGUGAAAAACCGUAUCAAUGUAAUGUGUGCUACAAAAUAUUUUCAGUUGCCGCAAAUCUAAAACAUCAUAUUCGUACCCAUACCGGCGAAAAACCGUAUAAAUGUAACUACUGUACAAAAGCAUUUUCGGUGGCAGCAAACUUAAAAUUACAUGAACGAACCCAUACUGGUGAAAAACCGUAUCAGUGUACGAUAUGUAAUAAAACGUUUUCAGUUGCUGCGAAUUUAAAAUUGCAUGCACGAGUACAUACUGGGGAAAAACCAUUUCAAUGUACAACCUGUAAUAAAACGUUUGCUGUAUCAGCAAAUUUAAAAUUACAUGCACGAGUACAUACUGGAGAGAAACCGUUUACGUGUAAUGUUUGUAGUAAAACGUUUGCAACGUCGGCGAAUUUAAAAUUGCAUGGGAAAACGCAUCAACCAAGUGAAAGUAAAAUACCUCCCCCGACUUCUGCGUUUCAGCCUACUUUGAUUGGACAUACACCGUAUUUUUAAAAACAAAAAUAUGUUUAUCAUAAAAGUUAAAAUUGUUUAUGCAAUAUCUUUUCUAUUAUUGAGUAAUUAAUUAGUUAUUAAGAAUGUUAUACAGGAGAUUCUAAAUUUAUGCGAAAAAUUUAUAAACUUAUUAUUUGAAUAAUUUCUAUUUAAUUAAUAACAGCAAUUAGAUUAUUUUAGAUUCCUUAAUAAGGGUUAGAUUUUCUCCCGAGAAGUUUAUAAAAGUUGUACAGACAGAAAUAUAAAAAAAAAAACUUAAUUUUAACCCUUGCUAUUCUAAGUUAAGUUUGAUUGCUUCUGAAAUACAGAAAUAAGAAUAAACCAAGAAAAGGAGAUUUAAUUAGCAUCACGAUUCUCCAAAGCCCUAUCUCCAUAUUUCUUAACGCGCUUCUCUUUUCCUCAAAUUACCAAAAAAUCACCUUUUUUUUUUUGUUACAUCGAUUCGGGUUGGCAAAUGGUUAUCAGAUUAGCCCCAUUUAUGCAUUUUAAAGUUGCCAUUGCAGUAGAGAAUUGCUAUUAUAAAAUGCAUUGAUUUAUUUUUCUUUCUGUUUGUCAAAAUCCAUAAAAACGUUUACAGCGGUUUCCCAUAAAUAAAUAAAAUUUUACACUGGAAUUGAACACACUAUCCACAAUUGGGAAUGAGGAAAUCAAGUUACAAAAAACCAUUCUCUGUUUAAUAA